AUGAGCAAUGCAAGUAAUAGUUUAUCGCGCGAUCUUAAACGGGCUAUAGCAAUGUGUAAAUGGACUGCACCUAGUCCAUUACUUCCUUCACGUGCAAUUCGAAGUCGAACAACUGUUGAAUUAAUUAAAAAAGAAGGUUGUCCACUUGGUUUAACAAUAUCAGGUGGUAUUGAUAAAGAUAGUAAACCAAGAGUAGCUCAACUUAAAUCAGGUUCAUUAGCACAAAAAUCAGAUGUCUUAGAAAUUGGUGAUGUUAUACUUGGUAUUAAUGGUAUUAAAACAGCCGGUCUUAAACAUGAACAAGUUAUAGAUUUAAUCAAACAAGUUGGAGAUCAAUUAACCUUAGAUAUUGAAUAUGAUUUACCUAAAUGGCCUAUACAUGCAAUUAAUACAGUACAUACAAAAACGAUUCAAAUUCAAUUGGAAAAGGAAGGACAAAGUUAUGGUUUUAUUUUACGUGGUGGAGGUUCAGAUGACAAGGUUAAGGCAAGACCACUUAUUAUUACAAAGAUACGUCCGCAAGGACCAGCUGAUAAAGAAGGUACGAUUAAAAUUGGUGAUCGAGUUCUAGCUAUAAAUGGUAUUAAUGUUGGUGGAGCUACAUUACAAGAUGCAUAUAACCUUAUGAGACAAUGUCGAGGUACAACAUUAUUUCUUAUUGAAUAUGAUGUAGCUAUUGUUGACAGCGUUAAACAUGCAACUGGUCCAUUAUUAAUUGAAAUUGAAAAAUCACCUGGUUCAACAAUCGGUAUAAGUUUAACACAAAAAUGGAUACGAAAUAAUCGUUCAAUUAUUGUUAUUGAUAGUGUUAAACCAGCAAGUAUUGCUGAUCGUUGUGGAGCACUUCAUUGUGGUGAUCAAAUAAAUGCAAUUGAUCAAAAAUCAUUUGAUGGAAUAUCAUUAUUUGAUGCUAAUACAAUUCUACGUUCAUGUACAGGUGAUUUUUGUCGUAUUGAAGUUACACCAUCAAAUAUAAUUCUUGAACAAUCAAAUGAUAUACGAGUUCAACCAUCAACAAAUCGUUCUUUAUUAAAUGAAAAUAGUCGUCAAACAUUUUAUCGUACACAACCAAAUAAUAUAUUAUCAAUGAAUAAUACAAAUUGGAUAAUGAGAAAUAAUCAUCAAAAUAUAGGAAAAAAACCAAUUAAUAAAACACGACAUAAUUCAAUCAGUCUUAGAUCAUUGGGUAACUUAUCCUCUUCUACAAACAAUACGACUUCUACAUUGGUAAUGAAGAUGUAUAAUCUUCGUGAGUUAGGUUCAUUGAAUUCUUGUUAUCAAACUAUAAUGGGUAAUCAAAUGUGUCAUACAGAAAUAAUGGAAUGCGUGCUUCAACUUGAUUCAUCAUCAUCAAAUGGAACUAUUACAGAUGGUAGUGACACAGUAGGCAAUUUUGGUUUUACACUUCAAGGUGCUUCUUUUGCAUCGGAUAUAUUAAUGCAACCGCCUGUUAUUGGAUAUUUAGAACCGGGUGGUGUAGCUGAAAGAUCGGGUGUAUUACAACCAGGCGAUCGUAUUCUUGGUAUAAAUGGUCAACAAUUAGAAGGCAUGACAUUAGAAGAUGCUCGAUCAAUAAUAAAAGAUUCAAAUAAUCGUAUUCAUCUUGAAAUUGAAUUUGAUGUUGCUGAUUCUGUUAUGCUUUCUUCGGGUACAUGUCAGGUAAAAAUUUUACGAAAAAAUCUUGAUCUUGGUCUUUCUGUAACUUAUUCACGUUCAGCACGAGCUGAUGAAGUUCCAAUAAUAAAUGAUGUUAAACGUGGUAGUAUAGCUUAUCGUUGCGGAAUGAUUCAAUCAGGUGAUCGUUUAUUAUCAAUUGAUACACAUUCAUUACGUGGAAAAAGUUUAACUGAAAUAGUUGCAUUAUUAAAAAAUUGUGAUGAUAUUGUACGAUUAAAAAUAAAAAAAGAUGAUAUCUAUGCUGAAGAUAAUCUUUCAGAAAAUGUUGUUGUUUAUAAAGUACAAUUACUUCGACAAGGCGGUCCACUUGGUUUAACAAUUUCAGGUAGUGAAGAUAUAUUUGAACCAAUUGUUGUUUCAGAUUUAUGUGAAGGUGGUCUAGCAGAUAAAACAAAUGCAAUUCAUAUUGGUGAUCGAAUAUUAGCGAUCAAUGAUAUUAGUCUACGUGGUAAAGGUCUUAAUGAAGCAAUUAAAUUAUUACAAGCAAGUAGUGAUGAAAUAACAUUAAAAAUUUCUCGAAUAAUCAAUCCACAACAAAAAUUAGCUCGUACAUUUCAUCAUCAUCAUCAUCAAGAAGAAUACACUCCAUCUGUUGAUUCUGCUAUGGAAUCAUGGGAUAGUUCAAAUGCUGAACAUCGUUUUAGUGAUAAUUGUGAAAUAGCAAAAGAAAUUCUUGUUAAUGAUCAUCAACAACAUUCAAAUUAUCAAGAUACAUCAACACAUCAUUUAUCACGAAGUGAUUUUGUUCUUAAAUCACAUCAAACACAUUCAAUACCAAUAACUAUACAAUCAAAUCGUUCAAUGGUUAUUGCAACACCUUCAUCAGGAUAUCGAACACCACCAACAAAUGGUCGUCCACUUGAAACAAUACGUCAAUCAGAUAUUGGAAAUAAUAUAAAUGGAACUGAACAUAAAUUUUCAUCGAUAUUAAAUGAAAAAUCUUUAAGAAAUAAUUCAAAUCAUUAUGAUACUAAAUAUGAUAAUUGUACAACAUCAACAAAUCGACCAAGAUAUGAUACAAUUCCAUUAAUACUUAAACGUGAUAAACGUAUACUUGAUUUUGGUUUUUCAAUAUCUGAUCGACUUUAUGGUACAGGAGUUUAUGUUAAUAAAAUACGACCAAAUGGACCAGCUGAAUUAGAAGGAACAUUAAUGCCAUGUAUGAGAAUAUAUAAAGUAAAUAAUACAGAUGUAACACGUAUGGAAUGUAAUCAAGUUGUACCAUUAUUAUCUUCAUCACCAGAUGAAUUAACUCUUGUUGUUGGACGACGACCAGCACCUAUGUUUGAUGAAACAGAUGAAUUAUUUGAUAUUGAUGAAGAUGAACACCAAUCACCUGUUGUUAAUGAUAGUCCAAUAUGGAAUUCAUCAAUGAAUACAGUUAUACAUGAGAACAACAAUAAUACUAAUGAUGAUAAUACUACGAGUUCGACUAUGACUACAAAUAAUACAUUUUCACUUCUUUCUCAAUCAAAAACAAGUACUGUAUGA